AAAUAAUCAAAAUCCAAACAUUAUAGUAGUACUAGUUUUUUUCAGAUUAUCUUUUCACAAGGAAAAAUCACCUACUGUCAAAGAUAAAAUACAAUUGCAUUAUGUCAAUAAUAGGAAAUACUACUAUGUUUAAAGGAUGAAUAGAGAAGAUGGAGAUGGAGUAAGGUGUAUGCAGCACUAGUCUGGAGAUGCACUGCUUUUCUUCCUCGCCAUGAAACGAAUCCAUCCCACCAUUAAAGUUAGACAAAAGAAGCCUUUUCUACUCCAAGAAUCAAACCCAGCUAAUCCACCUCCUCUUUAUUCUGAUUCCUCUACAUUCAACAUAGAUAUAUACUCAAAGCCUUAACAGUUCCAACAUCCAAUCAUUCUCAACAGACAGCCAUGGCCAAGAACAUGGAUUUCCUCGUAUGUCUCCUCAUCAUGGCUCUGGACAUCAUAGCCGGGGUUCUCGGCAUACAGGGCGAGGUUGCUCAGAACAAGACUCAAAACCUGAGGGCGUGGAUAUUCGAGUGUCGGGAUCCAAGCUACGAGGCUUUCAAACUUGGGCUGGCUGCAGUGGUGAUGCUGUGCCUGGCACACAUUGUAGCUAAUUUGCUGGCGGGAUGCGUCUUCAUCAGCUCCAAAGAAGAACUCGACAGGGCUUCGCCAAACAAGCAACUUGCUGCUGCCUCCCUCAUGAUGUCAUGGAUUAUGUUGGGGAUUGCAUUCAUCCUGCUGAUAUCGGGAGUGUUGUCAAACUCAAAAACAAGAAAGAACUGCGGGAUAAGCCAUCAACAGCAGCUGUCGAUUGGAGGGAUCCUGUGUUUCAUUCAUGGACUGUUUGCGGUUGCCUAUUAUGUAUCUGCAGCUGCUGUUCUUAGAGAUGAACGGAAUCCGCAUCAACAACACAACCACGCCCACCAACCCAAACCAGAUCAGCAACCACUUCCUGCCUGAUUUUUCUCAUCUUCCACAUUCCUUUCUUGGCCUUGAUGUUUACCAAUAGUUCAGUUGAUUUUCAACUAGUCAUCUUCACAUGAUUCUUUCUUUUCAUUCUGGAAAAUGACAUUCUGACCUUACA